CAGGGGAGCUGAGUUAGAGCAACACACAACAAACAACAGAACAAAUGGCGAUGGUAAUGGUACUGUCUUCUGUCAUCUAUUAGGACACAGAUCGUAGCAAUCGCAUCGAGAGAAAGAUGGAAGCUUUCAAGUUCUUCCUUCAAUCUUUGUUAGUAUUUCACUUGUUGUUUCUGGUACAACCAGCACACGCCGACGGCGUUGCUCCGGAAGAAGCCAGGCAACUCAGAGACGAGGUGCGUGGAAUGUUCUAUCAUGCUUUUGAUGGAUAUAUGGAGCAUGCGUUCCCUCUUGACGAGUUAAGACCUUUAUCAUGUGAAGGGGAAGAUAGCCUUGGUGGUUAUGCCUUAACUCUGAUUGACUCCUUGGAUACAUUGGCUUUACUUGGAGACCAAGAACGCUUUGCCUCCUCUGUUGAAUGGAUUGGUAAAAAUCUUCAGUUUGAUAUAAAUAAAACAGUUUCUGUGUUUGAGACUACCAUCAGGGUACUUGGGGGUUUACUUUCUGCUCACCUUAUUGCAAGUGACUAUGCUACGGGCAUGAGAAUUCCGUCCUAUGACAAUCAAUUACUUAACUUAACUGAAGAUCUGGCACGAAGGUUGCUGCCUGCAUUUGACACUCCUACUGGAAUUCCAUUUGGUUCUGUUAAUCUAAUGUUUGGAGUUGAUGAACAUGAAAGCAAGAUUACAUCUACAGCUGGUGGUGGGACUUUGACCCUGGAGUUUGGAAUACUUAGCAGGUUGACAAACGAUCCUAUUUUUGAGCAAGUUACCAAGAAUGCAGUCCGGGGGCUAUGGGCGCGCCGUUCAAAGCUUAACUUAGUGGGUGCUCACAUUAAUGUGUUUACAGGUGAAUGGACACAGAAGGAUGCUGGAAUUGGAACAAGUAUUGACUCUUUCUAUGAGUAUCUCCUGAAGGCAUAUUUAUUAUUUGGAGAUGAAGAAUAUUUGUUCAUUUUCCAAGAAGCUUACCAGUCUGCCAUGCACCAUCUCUUUAAAGAUCCUUGGUAUGUAGAGGUCAAUAUGGAUUCUGCUGCUAUUGUCUGGCCUUUAUUUAAUAGUUUGCAGGCAUUCUGGCCAGGCCUGCAGGUUUUAGCUGGGGACAUUGAUCCUGCUAUUCGAACCCAUACUGCAUUCUUUACUGUCUGGAAAAGAUAUGGUUUCACUCCAGAGGGCUUCAAUCUUGCUACACUUAGUGUUCAGCAUGGACAAAAGAGUUACCCACUACGUCCUGAGUUAAUAGAGAGCACAUAUUGGCUUUAUAAAGCUACAAGAAAUCCCAGAUAUCUUGAUGUUGGACGGGACAUGGUUGCCAGCUUGCAAUAUGGGGCAAGGUGCCCUUGUGGUUAUUGUCAUAUAUCAGAUGUGGAGUCUCAUCAGAGAGAAGAUCACAUGGAAAGCUUUUUCCUUGCAGAAACAGUUAAAUAUCUGUGGCUCCUUUUUGAUUUGGCUGUGGGUCCAGACAACCUUGUUGAAAAUGGACCAUACAAGUACAUUUUUAGCACUGAAGGCCAUUUACUCCCUGCAACACCACAAAUAUCUCUAGUUCGAGAACACUGUUCAUAUCUUGGGGCUUAUUGUAACCAUGGUGAUUUUACCAAAGAGUCCCAUCCAUCAGAUAUCUCAGUAGAUCCUCAAGGAUCUAAAACUAAUGGAAGUAAACCCUUGGGAAGUUUGUUUCAAACCAGAUUUCCCUCAGACUUCUCUUAUGUUGGGUCAACUCCUGUAUCAGGUUUGAUCAAGGGAGUUUGUCCAGGACUUUCUCAUGGGCAGAAAUACGGCAUUUCAUAUUUAGCAUCCCAUGAUCCAGUUAAUACUGAUGAUUCUGCAAAACAAAGUGAAAUGACUGAGAUUCAGAGCCAUGCUGUAAUGGUUGUUUCUGAGCAGGGCACUAAUGACUCACUGUCCAGCAAUAUCAAGGAUGACAACGUCCAAGACUUGAGUGAACCAGCAAGUGAUCCACCUCAAUCAUGAGUCUUCUUGGUUGUUGCUAACUCUCAGAAACUGGAGAGAGAUUAUGGCACACACUACUUCAGACCAGGUCUAAGCAUGUGAGAUUACGCAUUUUUCUGCUGUAAAGAUCAGCGGCAAUAACUGAAAAAUAUCAUUAAAGAUCUGAUCCAGAUUGAACUUGUGACCUGAUGUCUAGAACUAAUUGAUAUUCUUGACACCUGACAGCAUAAAGACUGCUUAUAGGUCCAAGCGAUUCUGCAAAAGUACUGAGAUUAGAAGAGCAGGUGAAAAUGAAUACAUCUUUACAUACCAAUCCCAUGUAACUUAGCAAAACGUAACAGGACUUUUAUACAUUCUUUUGAUGGAUCUAGAGUUGGAUAUAGUGCUUGGGUGAUUUUCCAAGGUUGUUGCUUAGAAUCUAGAUGUUAGUCCAGAAAUCAAAUGAGGGAAAACUGUGUAGUCUUACUCAGUAUUGGAUGCAUCAUUCAAAGAAAUUAUACUGAAAUGUUGAAGGAAGUUGGGUUAGUGAGAUUCUCUAGUUGGGAUUUGUUUAUGUUUCAUUGAUUUUAUGUGCCAAGAACUACUUGGUUCAUUUUAUUAUGAAAUGAAAUUAAAGGAAUCAUUUUUCU